CGUCAGACGCUUUAAUGGAUGUUAGAGCCGCGCGCGCUUCAGUGUGUGAUGCAUCUGGUCUGACCGCUCUGUCUGCUGUUGUCAUGGGAUAAUAAAAACAGACAUUCAUGAGCUCGGGUUAAUAUAUGUCCUGCUAUAUGAAAGUGUGCGUGCAGUUAAUGAAACGAGGAUGGGGAUAAUGAAAAUGUGUACUGAUUGUGAGCUCUUUUGAGUGGGGCAAUGACCAGUCAAGGGGAUGGCCAUGCAGAGACAUUGAAGCCCCCAUCUUUCCCCUCCUCUUGUCAGCCCUCAGUGGCCCCUAAGCUGCAGGUGCAGCACUCGCUCUCCCGAGAUACCAUUACCAUACACUUUUCUGCCAAGGGAAAUGAGGAGAAGGAGGAAGAAGAGCUCUACAGGCUGGCUGUUUCACCUGCAGUUCUUGAUUCUGAAGAUCAGAGUAUAAUCACUGCUCAGGAGGCCAGUGAGGAGUUCCUCUCUGAGGUUUUAGGGGUGGACAUAAUUACAGAAGUGUCAUCCUCCAUAGUCCAAAGCUCUGCCUUGGCUAUCCAGCACUCCUCCAUUAGCCUUGAUUGCUCAUCCAGUUUCAGUCCUGUUAGCUUCUCAUGGCCCUCAGAACAAAGGUUUACUCUGCCUGUGUCUUCUACUCAUUCAUCCUCCUCCAGCUCAACCCCAGCCAAGGUAUCUGCUCUACCAUCGAAGCCCUUCUUCAGCGUGGUCAAGUCCCUCUCCACUGAGUUGGAAUCUCAUGAGGCUCCAUCUGUUUCCCCCCAGUCAAUGCGGCACCGGCAUUUGAUGAAGACCCUGGUUAAAUCUUUAUCCACCGACACGACCCGCCCUCAGGCAGAGGCUUCAUCCACUAACCAGGCCCCAGAUUCCUGGCUCAAUUUGCACUUUUUCAAACCUUUCUCGCAACCUUGCAUUCCCCCUGGCCGUGGGGAUUCUAAAACUGCUCCCUCUUCCCCCCUUAAUUCUCCUGACAGCCGCUCAUUCUUUAAGGUUCAGGAGGUGGAGGCACGUAUUGAAGACACAAAAUGCCGCCUGUCGGAGGUCAUGUGUGAGCCCCUUCAGCUGCUCAGCAAAAUCAUUGGUGAGGAACCUGGUAGUAUCAGCACAAACACUUCCAUGUCAACAACAGCAGGAGUCUCCUACCAGUCCAGAAACCUUUCAUCCAGCGCUUCUGACCUCUCCAAACUAUCUGCCUUCAACGGCCACUCGGAAAGUAACAACAAGUACUGCAUCAAGGAAGAGGAAGACCUAGAGGGUGACAGUCCUCUAGAGGGGACAGCUGUUGAGUUGCCUCUGCACAGAUCACCCUCGCUAGAUUUAGACAAGUGUUUCAUGUCGACCCUUUCCCGCCAGGAAGAUGAAGAGUUUUGUGAGCUCUACACUGAAGACUUCGAGCUCUGCACUGACACAGAGCUGGAUGUAGAAGAGCCUCAUUCAUCCCAAGUCCGACGAGAAAGUACAGGUGGAUGCAGUGAGGAACCAACUGAAGGAGACGAGGAGGAGGAAGAAGAAGAUGAGUCUCCUGGAGUACCUCACAAUGGACUGAUUCUUCUCAUAUCUAUAGUCUAUGGUUACUUUGUGCUGCCACUUCCUAGCUACAUGGGUUGGGUGUUGAUAGGCAUGGCAACAGGCUUCAUGCUGGCGAUACUGGUUGUGUGGUUGUCCGCAAGACACAGAUCUCCAUGGAGUCGUCAUGGCAGCUCGAUCAGAAAAGAGCAGUGGAACAGAGUUCCUCUCGAUAUCAAAGAACCAUCCAUCUACAAGGUGGGUCCCAGACUGCUACUAAACAUGAUUCUGAAACAGAGGUUAAGUGGUUAGAAAUACUACUGUAUAUAUCUGUGCAUAGGACAAUUUUGAAGAAC